CUCUAAUCAAUAAUCACUGUGUAUUCGAUUUACUGUACUUAUCUUCUCCUCAUCAUAUUCCAUGGCGGCGGCUUCUUCUUCUUGCAGCCGGAGAUACGAUGUUUUCCCAAGCUUCAGUGGGGUAGAUGUUCGCAAGACGUUCCUCAGCAAUCUACUCGAGGCGUUCGACCGCAGAUCAAUCAAUACAUUCAUGGAUCAUGGCAUCGAACGAAGCCGUACAAUAGCCCCUGAGCUAAUAUCAGCGAUUAGAGAAGCAAGGAUCUCAAUCGUGAUCUUCUCUAAGAACUAUGCUUCUUCCACUUGGUGCUUGGAUGAAUUGGUUGAGAUCCACAAUCGCUUAAAUGAUUGGGGUCAAUUGGUGAUUUCAGUUUUUUACGACGUUGAUCCUUCGGAAGUUAGAAAACAGACCGGCGAAUUUGGCGAUGUUUUUAAAAAGACAUGCGAGGACAAAGAAGAGGAUCAGAAACAAAGAUGGAUGCAAGCUCUAGUAGACAUAACAAAUAUAGCCGGAGAAGAUCUUCGAAACGGGCCUAGUGAAGCAGCCAUGGUUGUAAAGAUAGCUAAUGAUGUUUCGAAUAAGCUUAUUUCACCAUCGAAUUCUUUUGGCGAUUUCGUCGGAAUUGAAGCUCAUUUAGAGGCAAUGAAUUCAAUAUUGUGCUUGGAAUCCAAGGAAGCUAGAAUGGUUGGGAUUUGGGGGCCUUCAGGGAUUGGUAAGAGUACCAUAGGAAAAGCUCUAUACAGUCAACUCUUUUGCCAAUUCCACUUUCACGCUUUCGUACCUCACGUCUAUAGCAUGAAGUCUGAAUGGGAAGAAAUAUUUCUGUCAAAAAUUCUUGGUAAGGAUAUAAAGAUAGGAGGGAAGUUAGGUGUAGUGGAGCAAAUGUUAAAUCAGAAGAAAGUUCUUAUCGUUCUUGAUGAUGUGGAUGAUCCAGAGUUUCUUAAGACCUUGGUGGGGGAAACUAAAUGGUUUGGACCUGGAAGCAGAAUUAUUGUGAUCACUCAAGAUAUGCAACUUCUUAAGGCUCAUGAUAUUGACCUUUUAUAUGAGGUGAAGUUCCCAUCUCUAGAUCUUGCUCUUAAGAUGUUAUGCCGAUCUGCUUUUGGGGAAAACUCUCCACCUGAUGAUUUUAAGGCACUAGCAUUUGAAGUUGCAGUGCUUGCCGGUAAUCUUCCUUUGGGUCUCAGUGUCCUUGGUUCGUCUUUAAAACGAAGGACCAAAGAAGAGUGGAUGGAGAUGAUGCCUAGGUUCCGAAAUGGUUUGAACGGAGAUAUUAUGAAAACAUUAAGAGUCAGCUACGAUAGAUUACAUCAAAAAGAUCAAGAUAUGUUCCUUUACAUCGCGUGUUUAUUCAAUGGUUUUGAAGUCAGUUACGUCAACGAUUUACUUGAAGAUAAUGUUGGGGUUACAAUGUUGGUUGAGAAGUCCCUCAUACGUAUUACACCGGAUGGAGAUAUAGAGAUGCACAAUUUGCUAGAGAAAUUGGGUAUAGAAAUUGAUCGUGCAAAGUCCAAGGAAACAGUUCUUGGAAUACGUUUCUGCACAGCUUUCCGAUCAAAAGAGCUAUUACCAAUAGAUGAAAAAUCGUUCCAAGGCAUGCGUAAUCUCCAAUGUCUAUCAGUUACUGGGGAUUAUAUGGAUCUACCUCAGAGCCUCGUUUAUUUGCCCCCUAAACUCAGAUUGCUAGACUGGGAUAGGUGUCCAUUGAAAUGUUUGCCUUAUAGUUUUAAGGCGGAUUACCUCAUUCAACUCACAAUGAUGGGAAGUAAGCUUGAGAAGCUGUGGGAAGGAACUGUGCCACUUGGAAGCCUCAAGAGGAUGAAUAUGCAUGGUUCCAGAUAUUUGAGAGAAAUUUCAGAUCUUUCUAAUGCCAGAAACCUCGAGGAAUUAAAUCUUUCGGAAUGCAGAUCUUUGGUGACACUUUCUUCCUCGAUUCAGAAUGCCAUUAAACUGAUCUAUUUAGAUAUGAGGGGUUGCACAAAGCUAGAGAGUUUUCCAACUCAUCUCAACUUGGAAUCUCUUGAGUACCUCGAAAAUUGUAUAUGGAACAAGAAUCUCCCUGGUCUUGAUUAUCUCGCCUGCCUUGUGAGAUGUAUGCCAUGUGAAUUUCGCCCAAAUGAUCUGGUUCGUCUCAUAGUGAGAGGCAACCAAAUGCUUGAGAAGCUAUGGGAAGGCGUCCAGUCGCUUGCAAGUCUCGUGGAGAUGGAUAUGUCAGAAUGUGGAAACCUGACAGAAAUUCCAGAUCUUUCAAAGGCCACUAAUCUGGUGAAUUUAUAUCUCUCUAAUUGCAAAAGUUUGGUGACAGUUCCUUCUACAAUUGGGAAUCUCCAAAAAUUGGUGAGGUUGGAAAUGAAAGAAUGCACAGGGCUGGAGGUUCUUCCAACCGAUGUCAACUUGUCAUCUCUUAAAAUGCUUGAUCUGAGUGGUUGCUCAAGUUUGAGAACUUUUCCUCUGAUUUCAAAGAGUAUCAAAUGGCUCUAUCUGGAAAACACCGCUAUUGAAGAAGUUCCCUGCUGCAUUGAAAAUUUCUCGUGGCUCACUGUACUUAUGAUGUAUUGUUGCAAGAGGUUGAAAAACAUCUCGCCAAACAUUUUCAGACUGACAAUUCUUAAGCUCGUCGACUUUACAGAAUGUAGAGGUGUCAACGUGGCGAUGAGUGAUGCCAGUGUGGAAGAUCACUCUUCUUAUAUACCAUUAUAUGAAAACAUUGAGUAUACUCGUCAUCGUUUCUGGGAAAACCUUAACCACAAACAUUUGGCCUGUAGGGCAGGUGGAGUCUCGGACAAGUGGGAAGGAGUUGGCCAUAAGCUCGGACAAAGGGAAAUCAUGCGGGCUAAGCUAGGAUCUCCACCUCGAGCAGCUGGGCGAGUGACGGUUGAGCUCGAGGCAGCUGGUCGACUGUCUGACCAGCUGGGCGGUUACCCGGACGGUUACUUGGGCGGUUACGGUCGAACGGGUGCUCGCCCAAAGGGGAGGGUGCCCAAGACCUUUAGAGGCACCAGAACACACAGAAAAUACCGGAAACUCACUAUUAAACUCUCGUCCUUUCGGGAGAAUAAAUCGUCGGAGGAAAUCGGUAGUCGGACUGUGACCGGCAAGGAAGAAGAAGGGUCGGAUCGACCGAACAUCGUGAAGGAAGGUAAGGGAAACCUAGACCUCGAGUCUAAGGAUUCUAGAAUACGUUAAUUGAGUCGAGAUUCCUUGAAAGGAACGACUAAUGGGCUGGGUAGAAUCGGGUCAUGUGCAACCUACACAAGACUCAGUCCGGGCAAGGGAUCGGCUAGGGCGGGGACGCGGCUCGGUGGAGGACCGGAGGGUCUUAAUUGACCUACCGAGAAUCGGCUGGACUUAUGCGCGAUCUUCCCCUCUCCAAAUCCUCUCCGCGGAUCCGAGUAGUGAACCAAUGGUGAUCGUGGGAAGGACUUGGCUUAGGCGCGAGAGACUCAAGGCCGGGAUGAUGGGUGGUGAUAGUUUCGGAUAGUCUAGGGAUCAAUUAUAUUACUUGUAAUAGCUUAUAUGCAAACUCAUAAGUUGUAUCGAAUCCUUUACUUAAUUAAUAAAGUAUCUGAUUGUUUGUUUA